UGGCCAGAAAAUAUUUUUCAAAAUGUGGCAAUCACCGCAAUUAAAGAGCUCUCAACUGGCAGGAAAGCCUCCUCCCCCACAAGAAGUCUAGUGUUAAGAAAAAAUACCAAGGAUUAUACUUGAUUACAACUAUCCAUUGUGAUCGAGCUAAAGAAAUCAUGAAGCUCGUUACCUUUACAAUACCAUCCAUAAGCAACCCUACUACAGAAUUAUCUGAACAUGUUGAAGCUCGGUGCUUCAGUCAACAAAGAACAUGAUCAGGGUUAGAGAUGAGCUUCUAGCCAAAAUAAUGUCUCUCCCUUACCACCAAAGUUUGUUGACUUCUAGAUAGAAUUUCACAAUUUUUCCAGCCCACAAUUUGGUUUGUUGUUGGCUAUGUCAUGUUAGCAAGAGAUUCUCCAUACCAUUUGCUCAUACCAUGUGGACUCAAAACCACCCUAAAAUCACUUCCCAAGCUAGGUUUUCCAGAACAAAAUCAUUUGGAAGAUUGAUCCACCAAAAACUUUACUCCUCGCAGCACUCUCAGCAAUGAUGCUUAUGUAAUUACUUAUAGUCACUCUCAGUGUCAGUACGCCCACCACAAAGACCACGACUAUAUAUAACCAACCUUUCUUCUCAUCUUCCUUUGCCAAAUGCCAACCAAAUUUCAAACCCUGCCGUUAAGCCUCCCCCUUCCCUUCCAGCCAAAAUAAACUCAGCCGGAAAAACCACCUGAAACCAUUCCAGAUGUCCGAACUACCCUUCCUACUCCUCUCCAUUCUAGUCCUUCUUUCCCUACCCUUCAAAGUAAUUUCCCAAGAUGUCAACGCAGAAAAAACUAUCCUCCUAAACCUGAAACAACAACUUGGCAAUCCAUCGUCCAUUCAGUCCUGGAACUCAUCAUCCUCACCGUGUGAGUGGCCAGACGUGUACUGUGUCGAAGGCACGGUGACUGGACUUUAUCUUGGUAAUAAGAACAUUACACGGACAAUCCCAGCAUCUGUUUGCGACCUGAAAAACCUGACAUAUCUCAGCCUGUAUUGGAACAACAUUCCAGGAGGAUUUCCAAAACUUCUGUACAACUGUACAAAGCUUGAGGAAUUGGACCUGUCUCAGAAUUAUUUUGUUGGUCCGAUACCUGAUGAUAUUGAUAGAUUAUCAAGUCUCAGGUAUCUAUACCUUCAGGGUAACAACUUCACAGGCAAUAUUCCACCACAGAUAGGCAGCUUGACAGAGUUGCGAACGCUGUUUCUGCACCAGAAUCAGUUCAACGGUACGUUUCCUACGGAGAUUGGUAAGUUGUCCAAUCUUGAAGAACUGGCGUUGGCGUAUAUUGAUUUUGUGCCCUCUUCAAUUCCAGUGCAGUUUGGCCAGUUAAAGAAGUUGAGGUUCUUGUGGAUGAAACUCGCUAAUUUGAUUGGUGAAAUCCCUGAGAGUUUGAGCAAUCUUGCAAGUCUUGAGCACUUGGAUUUAGCUGGAAACGAUUUGGAAGGUAAAAUUCCUGGGGGGUUGUUUUUGUUGAAGAAUUUGACUAAUUUGUAUCUCUUUAAAAAUAAGUUGUCUGGUGAGAUACCUCAGAGAGUUGAAACGUUAAAUUUGGUGGAGAUUGAUCUUGCAAUGAACCAUUUGAAUGGUUCGAUUACAGAAGAUUUUGGCAAGUUGAAAAAAUUGCAACUUCUGAGUCUCUUUGAAAAUCACUUGUCUGGUGAGGUGCCAGCAAGUAUAGGCCUUCUUCCUGAGUUGAGAGCAUUUAAGGUUUUCACCAACAACUUGAGUGGAGUCUUGCCACCAAAAAUGGGCCUUUAUUCAACACUUGAAGAAUUUGAUGUUUCAACUAAUCAAUUUAGUGGCCGACUGCCUGAAAAUUUGUGUGCUGGAGGUGUCUUGCAGGGUGUAGUUGCCUUUGAAAAUAAUCUCUCUGGGCAGGUACCUCAAUCUCUUGGAAAUUGCAGCAGUUUGCGCACGGUUCAGCUUUACAGUAACAACUUUUCAGGCGAGAUACCAGCAGGUAUUUGGACAGCCUUCAAUAUGACUUACUUGAUGUUAAGUGAGAAUUCCUUUUCGGGGGGGCUUCCAAGCAAGCUGGCAUGGAAUCUGUCAAGGUUGGAACUCAAUAACAACAGAUUUUCCGGUCCAAUUCCUCCUGGAGUCUCUAGCUGGGUGAACUUGGUUGUUUUUGAGGCGAGCAACAAUCUGUUUUCUGGUGAAAUUCCAGUGGAAAUAACGAGUCUGCCCCACCUUUCAAAUCUUCUGCUUGACGGGAAUCAAUUUUCAGGUCAACUCCCCUCCACGAUACCAUCUUGGAAAUCUUUGACUAGUUUGAAUCUCUCAAGAAAUGGACUUUCUGGCCAGAUCCCAAGGGAGAUUGGGUCUUUACGUGACCUGCGUUAUUUAGAUUUGUCUCAAAACCAUUUCUCUGGUGAAAUCCCUCCUGAAUUCGGUCAGCUGAAACUUAUUGUCCUCAACUUGUCCUCCAAUAAUCUAUCUGGGAAAAUCCCAGAUCAGUUUGAUAACCUUGCCUAUGAUAACAGCUUCCUGGAAAAUUAUAAACUCUGUGCUGUUAAUCCAAUUCUAAAUCUUCCAAAUUGCCAUACCAAACUUCGUGACUCAGAAAAAUUCUCUUCCAAAAUUCUUUCCUUGAUUCUGGUUCUUACUGUGACCAUUUUUCUAGUCACUAUUAUAGUCACCUUGUUUAUGGUUAGGGACUGCCCAAGAAGAGAGCAAAAACGUGAUCUGGCAUCGUGGAAACUGACAUCAUUCCAGAGAUUGGACUUCACAGAAGCAAACAUUUUGGCAAGUUUGACAGAAAAUAAUCUGAUUGGAAGUGGAGGAUCAGGGAAGGUAUACCGGAUUGCCAUAAACCGUGCAGGUGACUUUGUUGCUGUCAAGAGGAUUUGGAGUAAUGAAGAAAUGGAUCAUAAGCUUGAAAAGGAAUUUUUGGCAGAGGUUCAGAUACUAGGAACCAUUAGGCAUGCAAACAUAGUUAAAUUAAUGUGCUGUAUUUCAAGUGAGAAAUCAAAGCUUCUUGUUUACGAGUACAUGGAGAACCAUAGCCUUGAUAGAUGGCUUCAUGGAAAGAAGAGAAGUUCAUCAAUGGGAGCAAGUUCAGUCCGUCAUUCUGUCUUGGAUUGGCCCACGAGGUUCCAGAUUGCCAUUGGAGCUGCACGAGGCCUAUGCUACAUGCACCAUGACUGCUCCACUCCUAUCGUUCAUCGAGACGUGAAGUCCAGUAAUAUCUUGUUGGAUUCUGAAUUCAAGGCAAGAAUAGCAGAUUUUGGACUGGCCAAAAUAUUGGCUAAGCAAGGAGAGGCUCAUACCAUGUCUGCUGUAGCAGGUUCCUUCGGUUAUAUUGCUCCUGAGUAUGCCUAUACAGCAAAAGUGAACGAAAAAAUCGAUGUGUAUAGCUUCGGAGUUGUACUCCUGGAAUUGGCGACCGGAAGAGAACCUAAUAGUGGAGAUGAUGAGGAUACAAGCCUUGCAGAAUGGGCAUGGCAGCAGUUUGGACAGGGGAAGCCUGUUUUUAAUUGCCUUGACCAGGAGAUUAAGGAACCGUGUUUCUUGCAAGAGAUGACCGCUGUAUUCAACCUAGGACUCGUUUGCACUCACUCUUCACCAUCCAACAGACCUUCUAUGAAAGAUGUUUUGGAGAUCCUGCGCCGAUGUUCUCCGGAUAAUAACGGUGAGAAAAGGACAGUAUCCGAGUUUGAUAUUGUUCCACUUCUGGGAAAUGUUACUUGUCUUUCAAGUAACAGACGCAGUAACAGACUGUCAGAUGAUGAUGAUGAUGGCAGCCUAGUUUACAGCGUAUGAUGUAUGAUGGCUCAGCCCCAUUUUUUUUUUUUUUUUUUUUGAAAUACAUUGUACAAAGGAAUAAAAUGAUUCCAGGUCUCUUCUCACAAUCGAGAGCAUCCCCUUAUUUCUGAUGUUCCGUGACGAAACGGCAACUCAACACCUUUAAAUUCAGACCCUUGGUUCAUUCCAAAGACAGAAGAACCAGAUCUUAUUCACUGGAGUGAGCCUUAAAUGGUUGCUUGGGCAUGUGGAUAUUAUCUUGUUGAGUGCUAGUUGAAGUGAAACCCUUCCACAACACUCCUGUCCUAUUUCCGACAGCAAGCUCAAACCCUAAUACUUCUAAGAGACAGUAUUGUGUGGCCACACGUGGUGCAUGUUACAGCAGAAAAAUCUACCAAAUUCGCAAGGAACACAAGCCAAAAUUUUGUCCACUUCCAAAGGUUGAUGGAUAGAGAACUUGCAUCUCAAGAAUUCAAGUAUACAGAGACAAAACCCUUUACAAAUCACACAGAGUUGAUCCUGUUUGCAGUAUAAUUGAUUCCAAAUAAACAUGAAAAACAAGAAACCCGCCUUCCCACGCCCACAAGGAAACAACAAAUACAACUCUAUAACAGCGCAAAAGGUCUUCAGAGCACUGGAAUGCUGACAGCUUCUUGCUCCAGCAAGUUCACUGCUUCUUCCAACCACAGCAAUAUAACACACCCAAGACUUGGUCAAACCACUGAGAUAUUCACAAUUUAAUUCGUGGCUGACCUGUCCCAGUCCACAUGAUAGUGCCAAACACCAAGAACCCGUGACGAAUGGCAGCAAUUAACGUUUCACUUACCAAAUCGCUGGUCCUCUCCUUUCUGAACAGUAAUCUCAUUUAAUUGUUCCACCUUCCGAAUUUUUAUGCAGUUGACUUCAAACUCAACCUGCCAAAAAAGAGCCAUGCAACAACCAAACAGGACAGCAUAAAGAUACCAUGAUUAACAUAAUGAAAUUCAGGGUUUUAAACUGCAUGCCUUAUCAUUGGCUUCUGCAAGGAUUCUGACCUAGCACCGUCUUGAGAAUUUACAACUUUCCCAAUUGCAGUCUUCGGCUACAUAAUACAACAUAAAGGCAAAAAGUUCAGUUAGCUUCCUGACAAAAUAUUGGAGGUACAAAAUAAAGGGAGGGUUCGUGUAUCUGAGCCUUGGAAACAAAACAUGGUCAAGGUUCUUAAGCACAGUUACUGGAAACAAAGCACUUAUAGUGGUGCAGGACCUGCCACCACAUAUGCACCAGUUAGGAGAUAGAUAUUCUGUGCAAAACAAUUAGCAUGAUGAGACUAUCGAACAAGUAUAAAUUAUAGAACCUUACAGUAGCUGCACAGAAAAAGAAACCUAGCAUAUACAAUCACUCAGAUGUUUCAAAUUCAUCUGCUAAUUUAGAUCUGCCCAAUAUAGAUCUAGUUGUUGCAUGGAAACCAUUCAGCAUUAGGUCCUGAUUUUCUACUUGCAAGAACUACAAGGCUGGAGGUCUCUAACAGAUUUCUGGAGUUCAAAAGCAAGAUUCUCCUCAAAAGAAAUUUCAGACAAGCAGUGUCAUUGUUACAAUGACCCAGUUCCAUGGGGAGAGAAUGGGGAAAGAAAGAAAGAAAGAAA